GAAAACAUAGUUUUCAAACGAAAACAGAUUAGUGUGGAUGUUGCCUAAUUCAGAACAGUCUGAAGGUCUGUGCCGACUGCUGAGUAUGGUGUAUGUACAGUUGCUUGAAAGCUCUUGGACGAGUUAUAGAUACAGAAAGUUUGGUCUCAGAAGAAACGGAAGAAUAAUAUGUUUAACAGUAUGUUGUCUUGGGGUGUGUGUGUGUGUGUGUGCGUGUGUGUGUGUGUGUGUCUUCAGCUGUCUGAUCAUGUGUUGUGUAAAAGCUUGUAGCUGAAAGUUUCACCCUGUUCUGAACUCCAGCUCAUGUCAAACUUAAGUAGCAGCCAGUGACAUUAAACCACCUUGACAUUCUCUCUUUCACUUCUGCCACUAGAGUGAAAAGGAAGAGAAAUUCUACUUUCAGUUAUGGAAAGUUAUGAUUGUAAUAUUAACAAUAAUCAAAUGCUCAAAAUGUUGAAAUGCCUUGAAACAAAAAAAUAUAUAUUUUGCUUUUGAUUUAAGAGACUACUUGGCAUAUUUGGACUUUAAUAGGAUGAAAUCAAUUUGGCACACUACAGGACCAUUUAAAAUGAACUACGGAAGGCAAAAAAGAUUAUUUAAAAAUGGCGAAAAACUUAAAAGAAAUGGUGAAUAGUUACAGCACUUUUCCCUUAUACAUUCAUAUAGAGUCCAUAUGUUAUACGGCAUGUACCCAUAUGUUAAAUGUACAUUAUUACUAUUAAAAUGUUGUAUGUAUAUUGUACACAUGCAUGUAUCAUUGUUAGGACAGUUGGGUUGUUUCUCUCUCUCAUACACACAAACACCCUGAGCAGCUGUUAAACUACUAGAUUUAUCUCUGAACCAAUUCUCCCGAGACUGUCUAACUUCCUGCCCAACACACUCCCCCAUUUGCUCAAAACCACUGAUCUCCAUUCCACAAUUUCCAAAGCACUCUCAGUCUCCCAUGUGUGUUUAUGAAGAGAGAAAACUGAUCCAGGGUCAGGAGGACAGGAACAAUAAACACUGAAGCCGGCUGGCCUGAGAGCAAUUCAGUCUAUGUUUAGUGAGGGGCCAUGUGACUGGUGUCAUCAGCAUGCCAGACAUGGCUGGGCUGUGUCCGCGUUUGCUCGCUCACUCCUCCCAUGUCUUUUCACUCUCCUUCUCUUCCUCCCGUGAUCACUCAUUCUCUCAAUGUGUGUAUGAUACUGAAGGAGUGGAAAAUGUAAGUUGGAAAGAGAGGACACAGGGCCUGUGACUUCAGCACCAUGAAUGUGUGUAACAGCACUGAUCUUCCUGAGGUGGAAAUCAUCAGUUUGCUUGAGGAGCAGUUGCCUCACUAUAAGCUGAGAGCAGACACUAUAUACGGCUAUGACCACGACGACUGGCUCCACACGCCUCUCAUCUCACCUGACAUCAACCUUGACCUGACCACUGAACAGAUCGAGGAGACCCUCAAAUACUUCCUUCUGUGUGCUGAUCGAGUGGGCCAGAUGACUAAAACAUAUAAUGACAUAGACGCUGUGACACGUCUUCUGGAGGAGAAAGAGCGUGAUUUGGAGUUGGCGGCACGUAUAGGUCAGUCUCUUUUGAAGAAGAACAAAACUCUCAGUGAGAGGAACACCUUCCUGGAGGAGCAGGUGGAACAUAUACGGGAAGAGGUGUCUCAGUUACGUCAUGAUCUGUCCAUGAAGGAUGAACUCCUGCAGUUCUAUACAAGUGCAGCUGAGGAGAGCGACGGAGAGUCUGCUGCUACCACACCUAUUCAUCGAAAUGACUCCUCUCUCUCAGUCCCAAAUUACCUCCCUGUGGAUUCACUGCAGAAGAAACUCCAAGACCUGGAGGCAGAGAACAUAGUCCUCCGAUCAGAGGCGAAUCACCUGGAGACGGAGACCAUCUCGUAUGAAGAAAAGGAACAACAGCUUGUAAAUGACUGUGUUAAAGAGCUCCGAGACGCUAACUUACAAAUCUCCACGAUUGCAGAGGAGUUGGCUAAGAAGACGGAGGACACCUCGCGACAGCAAGAGGAAAUCACUCACCUCCUCUCUCAGAUCGUCGACCUGCAGAAAAAAGCCAAAUCUUAUGCACUUGAAAACGUAGAGCUCACUCAGCAUUUGGGAGCAGCUAAAGAUGCCCAAAGAGCACUAACAGCAGAGCUGAGGGAGUUGGAAGAUAAGUGUGCUGAGUGUAUGGAGAUGCUACAUGAAGCUCAGGAGGAACUGAAGAACUUCAGGAAUAAAUCUAUGCCUCUCAGUACACCACGACGAUUCCACUCGCUUGGACUCUUCCCCAUGGACUCUUUAGCUGCUGAAAUUGAAGGCACUAUGAGGAAGGAGAUUCAGAUGUCUGAUCCAGAAGUAGAGGACCAAAGGUUGCACCCAAAGCGUGUCUUUGAGACGGUGCGGAACAUCAACCAGACGGUUCGGCAGCGCUCGAUGGGCCCCUCCCCUAUGAACAUCCCGGGUUCCAAUCAGACAUCCAGUCUGAACUCCAGGAGAUCUAGUUGUCUGAGCACACCCAGGUCGAGCAUGUAUGGAGGGGAUGGUGUAGAAAUGGACAACCGCACUAACAGCAUACUGAUGGACACAGAGUCACUUCAGGAUGGCUCUAAUGACUCCAACAGAAAGCCUGGCACGCCUGGCACACCCGGCUCUUGCGACCUCGCGGCAGCUCUACGUCGUCUCUCCCUCCGGCGGGACAACUACCUGAGCGAGCGCCGUUUCUUCGAAGAGGAGAGAGAGCGUAAACUCAAGGCUUUGGCAGAGGAGAAGAGCGAAUCGUACAAGGACAGAUAUGGUGGGAGUGGCAGUGAAGAGGGCGGCUCCCUCACUCCGACAGACAGCAUCAUGUCUCUGGGCACCCUGCACUCGGUGUACUCUGUCUACAGUGCCCGCUCCUACCUGCCGGAGAAACUCCAGAUCGUCAAACCUCUGGAAGGUUCAGCCACUCUGCACGCAUGGCAGCAGUUAGCCCAGCCCCACCUGGGUGGCCUCCUGGACACCCGGCCAGGCGUGGUGACCAAGGGCUUCCGCCCACUGGAGCUGGAUUUGGAGGAGGUGUACCAAUUCACAGACCUGGAGGAAGACGAGGCAGGACAGCAUUCCCAAUCCAUCAUCUCUACCUCUGUCCUGGGUUCUCUUCCCUGCUCACCUGCUUCCAGACGACUGCGCACCAGCAAUUGCAAUAGCCAGGAAGAGCAGCUCAGAGAAAACGGAGGGACCCCUGGAGUGGGGCUAGACCGAGUGGAGGCAGGAGAGGAGGAGGUUUCAUCUGUUCAUUUCCCUGGUAAAUGUAUGUCUCACACCAGCUCUACGUACACCUUCACCACCUGCAGGAUUCUGCAUCCUUCAGACGAACUCACCAGAGUCACACCCAGGUCAUAUGAUGAGGAUGAGGAAGCGGCUCUCUAUCAUGUUGUUCUGGUGGCAGGUUUAGAGCACACUCACUAAACAGCGCCCCCUGGGGGUGAGAAGGAAUAGCAUGACCAGCCUGGUCCUAAAAAGGAAAUUGUGUCAUGGAAGUGUGCUAUUCCUUUAACCAAGCUUAAACCACUCUAAUAACUGUUUUGUUUGAGGCUCCUUAACCUAACAUCAGAAUCAGUGCAUUUUUGUGAAAUACAGCAAUAUGUCUGGCACCAACAAUCAUGCCAUUGUCAAAAUCUAAUUUUCUCCACCAUUCUGAUGGUUGAUGUGAAUAUGAACUGAAGCUCCUGACCCGUAUCUGAAUGAAUUUAUGCACUGAUCUGCUGCCACACGUUUGGCUGAUUAGAUAAUCGCAUGAAAAAGAAAUGGUAUAAAGAUUCUGAGGUUUGGAACAUCCCAUUGUUUGAUGUCACCAGCCUGUCAAUCUGUACUGUAAAGAAUUUGCCUUACAGUAGCCCCAACUGGACACUUAAGCUACAGUUAAAAAUGGGUGAUUGUCAAUAACACGAUAACAAAGAUGGCACAAGCACACUUUUCAAGCAAAACAUUUAACAAAAAGAUGUUUGUAAGGUUUAUAUGAUAAAACAAUAAAUAUACUGUUCCAAAUUAGGUAUUUGGACAUAUUUGGGUUGUUAAACUAAGAGGAACGUCUUGGAAUUAGUUGGUUAAAAGUAGUUGCUAAAAUGGCUAAGAAAAGUGAAGGAACAUUAGUUUCGAGAAAAGGUCUAGAAUGAUUUGUUUGCAGUAUAUGACAAAUUAUCAAACCAGUUGGCAUCUGCAGUGACAUUCAUACAUUUUUAAAUGUAUUUUAAGUUGGGUCACUUUAUGUUGUAUUUCUGUAGCAAAUGAAAUUAAAUCAAAACUCAAACAUAUUCAUCCCAAUCAAAGUGCCAACACACAAACCACAUUUCUCCAAUGAAGAAAACUUUCUGGAUUUGGAUUAAAUUACUUACAGCACUCUCAGAUUUUGUUUAAUUAUGUUCUGAAAGUUGCACCAGCCAUGCAUACGUUAUAACUUAAUUAUAACCAAGUUAUUAUUUAUGCACUACUAAUUUUUUGAUGGUUGCACCAUUAAACUUAAGUGAAACAUAACCCUCCGUAUUAAUUAAAUAGUUAUGGAAGCCUCCGAUCAGGUGCAACAGUUUGAAUAAAAUGCAGACUGAUUAAAUGACAUCAGUGAGCUCAUGUUUUGCGUAUGUUUUCCUUGAGACAUAUGUGAUGACUUUAACAUAAACAUACCUUUACAUUUACGAGAACAUUGUUAAACAAAGACUUCUUAGUGGCUUUUCAGCAUGAAACCAGUCUAAACGGUGCACUUUCCGGCAUGCUAAGUUUAAAAAUAUUCAACAUUUAUUGGAUAUUAAAAUGAAUAAUUGUUCCAUUUUUCCAGUCUGUUGUAUUAGAAUUAUGUAACGCCCCUUAUUAACACUAAAAAAGCUGAGUCACUUGGCGCAUCAUGUCCCGCACAAUAGAGGCGGUAGAGAAAUUGUUUGAUACAGGAGCCGCAUUGGGCUUUAAAGGAAUAAUUCACACAAAAAUUAAAAUUCUCUCAUCAUUCACUCACCCUUAUACCAUCCCAGAUGUGUAGGACUUUCUUUCUUCAGCAGAAUACAAAUUAAGAUUUUUAGAAGAAUAUCUCAGCUCUUUUGGUCCAUACAAUGCAAGUGAAUGGAUGCCAAAAUUUUGAAGCUCCAAAAAUCACAUAAGUCAGCAUAAAUGUAGCCUAAUCUAUGUGACUCCAGUGGUUAAAUCCAUGUCUUCAGAAGAGAUAUGAUAGGUUAGGUGAGAAACAGAUCAAUAUUUAAGUAAAUUUUUACUAUAAAUUCUCCCCCCUGCUCAGUCAAUCUCCACUUUAACUUUCACUUUCUUCUUCUUUUGUUUUUGGUGAUUCACAUUCUUCAUGCAUAUCGCCAUCUACUGGGCAGGGAGAAUAAUUUCUAGCAAAAAUGGACUUAAAUUUUGAUCUUUUUCUCACCCACACCUAUCAUAUGACUUCAGAAGACAUGGAUUUAACCACUGUAGUCAAAUGGAUUACUUUUAUGCUUUUUGGAGAAUCCUCUUCUAAAAAAAUUGAAGAAAGAAAGUCAUACACAUCUGGGAUGACUUGAGGGUGAGUAAAAGAUGAGAGAAUUUUUAUUUUUGAGUGAACUAAUUAUUUAAGUAGCACAUGGGGGGCCACACUGGCCUCCUUUUAAGAUACAGUGUUCCACAUUGAUUUAGUUCUUGUAUCUUUUAAGCCCAGAAAGAGUUAUGUUCUCAUUCUAAUGCAUGAUGCACAAUUUUCUGAAGUUUGUGACUGGUGGAAUGUUCUGCCUGAAGUAUUGCUCUACAGUGGUUGAUACUUUUCUAUCAGGCAUUAGAAAAAACUUGAUGAAGGCUAUGCAUAAUUAUAAAUUAUUUUAUCAUCUCUACUUUCCUGGUAAUUUAUUAUAAAAAUUAACACACACUCUACAUCAGGGGUCAGUUUUAUAUAAAAAAAAACUAACAAUAUUAUUAAAAAAUAGUAUUAUUAAAAAUUCCACUGUUUCUAUUACAUUAAUACUUUAAAAGCUACUCAAGUUAUUCAGCCAAAAGUAAUGAGUGGUUUUCUCAUUUCCUUGUUAUUGUUGUUUGAUUAAUAGCCUUUAUAUGACAUAUUCUACUAGACCGCGCUCAAUUUGGUUACUUGUACACUUUAAGUCUGACAUUUUGAUGCAAAUAUGCUUUUUGUCCCACUGUUAGCCUUCACUUUAGACCAAACUGAUUGCAUUUACAUUAAUGCCUCAUCAAGACGGGCAUUGGCAGAAUUAUAAAGUGUAUUUGAUCGUUUAGCGCACAAACAUUAAGCCGCCUGUCAAUCAAACAGCACGCAGCUACAGACGCCCGGAAAUAAAGUCAAUCUUUUAUGUUUUAUCUAGAUCAACCAACCAGUGGUUGUCUUGUUAUCGCGAUCGAUGUAAUGAACACCCCUGUUCUAGAUGUAGAACAUAGGCUAAGUGUAGAAAAUUACUCAAAAGUUUAUCAUUGAUAUUGAGGACAUCUCUCUUUUCUUUUUUUUUUUUCAGAUAAACAUCAAGAUUGUUUAUCGCCCAGCCCUAUUGAUAACAUUGCCUUAAUCUCUCACAUCAACCCAAUAAUCUCAGUGAUAGAUAGCUAAAUUACAGGCUACAUUAUAGACACACAGAAUCUAGUAAGCAGAAAUAUUAAAUUUACCUCAAUAUGUUUCUUCAAAUUAGAGGCAGGAUUAAUGCUGAUAUCUGGCUUGAGCAAGCUAAACUCACAUGACACAGUCAAGCAAUUGGUCUUUUUCACUGUGAAAAUCCCUUUUAGGUGCGGCCGUGAUGUUCAGGUGUUGAACUGUGCUUGAGGCAUCCUCCAAAUCCAUAACAGUUUACGCCAGAUCUACAGCUGCCAUUCAGGUUUUUUACGUGUGAUUUUAUUUGACAGGAGUCAGGAGACUCUCCCUAGCCGAUCAUGUUGAUAGAUAAAAAUAAAAUGAGGACAGGGAUGUAGCGAACACAGAGGGUGGGAAAAUAGCGCAUUAAAAGUACCGUUACAGCACUUAAAAUGUACUCAAGUAAAAGUAUUCAAUUUUUAAACUACUUAAAGUACAAUUCCUGGGAAAAACUACUUAAUUACAGUAAUGUGAGUAUUUGUAAUUCGUUACUUUACACCCUGGGAAUAACGUAACCUUCAGUGUGGUGUCUGUCUGCUCUGGUCUCAGAACAGUUUGAAAUGCACCUUAUUUUCAUCCUAACUCCCUAUAUAGCCUCUGAAAACAACAUUUUCCAGCUUUUGGAUAUAUCCAUUGAUUCUCAAUGUGAUAAUGCUCAGUGAAUGUAGGAUAUUUUAAGGAAAAUUAGCCUAUUGUCCACGUACGUGGCCAUUGUGUUUAACAGCAUGCCGUUUCGCGAUAAAUCACUAAAAUUUUUAAAAUGCCAUAUCAGGUGAAACUAGAGACUACUCUUUUGACACAAACAGGUUUUUGCCGUUUCUCCCAAAGACAAACUCAGCUGAGACUGGCACCAUGUUGUUUUGUCAUUACUCGAUGAGUCAAAAGUUUAACCCUUUAAUGACAGCCUAGAGUCUCCUGAACUGAGAUCAGUCAGUUUAAAUGAUAUUAAAUUAUGCAUAGCCUAUAGCGAAGCCAAAACGUAAUGUCCACGCAUGUGGUUAAAUAUAUUAUUUAAUAUAUUAACUUUAUUUUUACGUAUCGUAUUUCAAUGGAAAUGUCAUUUAUUACCACCGAUGGUGAGACAAAAAAGGUUUGAACAUCAACCAAACAAGAUAAAACUGAAAUUCGUGGUUUUCCAACAGUUCUGUUCACAAAUUUAACAGCUGCUUAUUGGAUCAAUAAAUGCAAAAGUCAUGCUAUGUGACUUUGCUUUACGGAGAGCUUACAGUUUUAGAAUUAGCUAAGUCUUGUGUUAAGAAUUGGUGGUGCAACCAAAUUAAGUGCUGACUUGGUUACAAACUAACUAGUAGCUGCUAAGCCCUUAGUAUGAACUUUAUGUCCCAACUAAAGUGAGACCUUACGCACUGCCGGUACAACCCUACCCAGCUGAAUAACAAAUGCAUAG